AUGUGCACACCCGCUACAACGCAGUGGCAGAGCCUGGAGAUGAGUGUGGAGAUGCAUUCCUCGAGCAAAAUCAUACUGGAUCCAGCACUGCCAGUGCACACUCAUUCGCUUUGUCAUGUCGAAAAAAAAUUUGUUGAAAAAUUUAAUUUAACAAUGCUCUCAGAAUUUAUGAAGGCAAGGAUGAUAAAACAAAGAAUACACGUGAAAAAUUUAUUAAAUGUACAAAAUCUACGAGAGCCAGUUGAUGUUUGCAAUGUUGCCAAUGUGAAUCUAUUUGCCAUUCAAGCCGUACAACAAUACCAAAUAAUGUCAGUACUUUUAUACGUACAAGCAACAAUGUUAAAUGGUUUUGUGACAUAUGCAUCAAGACUACAGCAAAUGUCAAGUAUCGCAAUUAAGUCAGAUGUGGAAGUUACAAGAAAUGCCAUUAAUUCAAGUGAAGCCAGGUUGAAUAAACUUGGUGGUUCAGAUUUGAAUGACAAAAUGCAGUCAUUAAAACAUGAUAUAAAGUCAACUUUUGCUUCGGUUGUCUGUCAAGAAGUCAAAAAGAACGUUGACGUUUUCAAUGCUGCAGUUAAAAACUUGCAUAAAACUUUGAUUGAAGCCGUCGAUGUGACAGAUAGAGAAAUAAAGGCAGAUAGUGUAAUGUUGUUUCGACUGCCUGAAUGUGUCAACGAUAAAGACAGUUUUUUUUUAAUUUUAAAUUACUUAACGGAUGAUGCCAUGUGUGACAAAAUGUUCAAAAAAAUGUGA